AUGCCUAUCGCACUCACUCCCCCCGAAGCCAUGGUCGUUGCCAACGGCGGUCUUCCUCUUACUGAGAACAAGAAGCGCAAGAUCAUCUGUUUCUCAGACUUUGAUGGAACCAUCUUCAUGCAGGACACUGGCCACAUCCUCUUCGACAACCAUGGCUGCGGCUCCAAGCAGCGCGAGGUCCUUGACGAGCAGAUCAAGACCGGCGAACGGUCGUUUCGCGAUGUCUCCGAAGAAAUGUGGGGUUCUCUCAACGUCCCCUUCGACGAUGGCUUCGAGGUGAUGGAGAAGACCCUCGAGAUCGACCCUGCCUUCCAAGAGUUCCACAAGUUCUGCAUCAGCAACUCCAUCCCCUUCAACGUCAUCUCCGCCGGACUCAAGCCCAUCCUGAGAAGGGUUCUUGAUACAUUCCUGGGCGAGGAGGAGUCCGCUCACAUCGAUAUCGUCGCCAACGAGGCCGAGAUUACUGAGGACGGUACCGCCUGGAAGCCAAUUUGGCUUCACGACAACGAGCUCGGCCACGACAAGGCUCUCUCUAUGGGAGUUGCCCGCAAGGAGGCCGAGAUGGAGUGUGAAGACGGCAGCAUCCCCCUCAUCGUCUUCAUCGGCGACGGUGUCUCAGACUUGCCCGCCGCGCGCCAGGCUGACGUCCUUUUCGCCCGCAAGGGUCUGAGAUUGGAGGAGUACUGCGUCGAGAACGACAUCUCCUACAUUCCCUUUGACACCUUCGCCGACAUCCAGAAAGAGAUUGAGCGAAUCAGGGAGGAGGACGAGAAGAAGACCGGCGGCAAGGGUAUGCCUGCGGCCUUCAACCCCCGUGCCAACAUGUGGCGCCGCAUGUCCAGCAAGUCCGCCAUCCCUCGCAUGGUCGCCAUGUCGCCUGCGGAGGAGAAGAUGUUCCUGUGGCCCAACGUCUUCAGCGUCAUGUCUCCCAGCAUCGAGAAGACCAUGGUCGCUCCCGUCUUGGCCUAG